ACUCACUCCCACGUCUAUGUGCUCUUACUCUUGUCAAUCCAUGCUUCUAUGCGUUAUCCACAAUCAGAGGAGCAUAUUUGCGUUAAAUAUUUUUGUGUGAACAGGGUUUGGUCUGAAAGAGGGGAAUUAUGAUCACUCUUUCACUGGUACCCUUUGUGUCUGGGCUGUGUAUAGGAUUUCUGUCUAUUCAAUACUUUGUUUACUCAGACACCAACACUGCAAAACCAGCUGUUUUCUCACUGGGUAACUCCAGUGGAGUUCAUAAUGACAAAAGGGUUCCAAGACACACACACUCAGAUGAGGACAGGAGUGUUGCAGCCAACCUGUCCCAAAAUGUACGAGUACUAUGUUGGAUCAUGACUGGGCCUAAGAACCUGGAGUCCAGAACCAAACACAUCCGGGCCACCUGGGGCAAACGAUGCAACAAAGUCCUCUACAUGAGCUCAGUGGAGACAGAAUUUCCCACGGUGGGGCUCAACGUAACUGAGGGACGAGACCAGCUCUACUGGAAGACCAUCAGAGCCUUCCAGUACAUCUACCAACACCAUCGCAACGACUACGACUGGGUCCUCAAAGCCGACGAUGACACGUUCGUGGUCAUCGAGAACCUCCGACACACAUUGUCUAAACAGGACCCGGAGAAGCCUGAAUACUUUGGGAGAAGGUUCCGCCCGUUCGUCCAGCAGGGUUACAUGAGUGGUGGAGCCGGCUAUGUCCUCAGUAAAGAAGCCGUCAGAAGGUUCAUCAAGGGAUUCGACGCUGGGAAAUGUUCCCACUUCUCCACCAUAGAAGACAUGGCUCUAGGGACGUGUAUGGAGACUAUGGGUGUGGAGCCGGGGGACUCCAGAGAUGUGAAGGGAAGGCAGACGUUUCAUCCCUACCCACCAGACAUGUACCUGAUCAAAGAGCCACCCAGAAAACUGCCCUGGUAUCUCUUAUACGACCACUACAAACCAAGAGAGGGCCCAGAUUGUUGUUCAGAUCACAUCGUAUCAUUUCACUACAUCUACCCUGUAGAGAUGUACACGCUGGAAUACUUCACCUAUCAUCUACGGCCCUAUGGAUACAAGUACAGGUACAACCCUGAUGCUGUAGCAGCUGAAAUUGAGAGUAACACCACCACACCUGUCUCUGCUUAACACAGAGAUAUCACAGACAGACUACUGCACUGAAGAAAGAACUUAUUACUGUGUCAUGUUUAAAUGCCGAAACAACAGCCUGACAUUGCCACUCUCUUUGGUAAGAUGAGCAAUGAGACUGAGGAAAUGGAACCACUCUCAAAUUCACUGACAUGGUAGUUUUAAACAUAUUUUGAAGCUAUACAUUGUUUGUUUGUAUAGACAACAAAUACAUGAACAGUAGAGUAAUAUAGUUUUUUUGUGACAGGGGGAGACAGUUGUACUAAGUUGAGUUAUUUCUGUUGAUAGAGUUUCACAUUUCCUUUUUUAAUUUUGUAAAGGUAAAAUGUACAAAUAUAUAUAUUCUUCAGUCAAGUGGAUAUUUUUUACAACUUACAGUAAAACAGAGGAUAACAUGAUAUUUUGUUAAAAUUCAAAUAGAAGUACUUAAUGUGUUCUCCAGAUUUCUGGAGGUCUUGUGAAAUAUUAAAUUCAGAUUGUUAGCUAAAGAUGACAUUUUGACUAAGUCCAGUACACAACAGAUCAUGUUAUGUCAUGAGACUCCUGACCAAAAGAACACAAUAGAGAAAUAGAGUAUACAGGUCCUAUCUGGAGCAUCAGUGUAGCAUUGCUGUCGUUCACCUGAGCUUUGGUCAAACUAUAACUGAUAGAGAGGCUGUGUCCCGAUUCUCCAUCCUUAUCCCAAAGUAGGCACUUACACACUCCGCAUCCUUGGGAGAGUUGGGAUGCAGCCAUAGAUAGAUAAGAGCCCAUGUCCUCAGUGCAUCCCUCUGUCAUCAACAUUAGGAAAAGUGCAGGCUUUGCACACGGCCCAACUCUCUUUCAACAAAGCACAACUGUCUGUUUCUUGCGAGAACUGGUUUUGUAACAUUAUGAUGUAAUCUGAACAAGGAAACAGAUCUGAGCCUACCAUCCCACGCAGUGAGAAUAGUUGGGAUGUGAUGACAUUAUCUAUAGCGUUUAAAUAGUUUAAUACUGUAACUAUGGUGACUGCUUUACAUGCAAUGCAUUUUCACACUGUUUAAACUCAAAUACUUACAUUUUAAAUAAUCACUGCUCUCUCACAGACUUCAUAAACCAAAGGGUUAUAUAAAGGUUUUUAACAUCAUCGAGUUAUUGUCAAAGCAAUUUUGGCCCUGUUCCAUGCCGAUCUACAGAAAUCAAGACAUCCCCAUCACAAACCCCUUAAGGGGCUCUU